UAAACAGAAGGCGGGCCGUUGCCGAUAUCUCCACCAAUCACAGAGCGGAGGAGAGAUGCAUUGUGGGACUUCUGGCUAGUUUGCGAGAGCUAGCAGCAGAUGCUGAUAUGUCGCUACUCUUCAGAUGUGUGGUUGUCUUGAAAUGAAGCUCACAAUAAAGACGAGAUAGCAGCACACGAUGGAUUCCUCUGCAGCGGAAGCUUCAACCCACAGUGAAAGAAAAGACGACACUGCACCAAGCACCUCAAAUAAAACCGCUCCAGGAGGAGAUGGACCAAAGUCAAAAAAGGCAUCUUUGAAGAGGAGCGCUGGUAAAAUAAAAAAUGCAAAAACAAAGAAGAGAAAAAAGGCACCAGUCUCCAGGUCUUCCCAACUUGGCUACACUGUCCAUCAAGGAGAAGAUAUGCUUCUGGUCAUAUCAAGUACCACUUCACAGUAUGAUGGUUCAGCCUGGAAGCCUCAAAAGAAGGGAGGCAAAAAGAAAAAGCUCGCUAAAGGAAAACUAAAAGCCAAAAAGAUAAAGAAAAAACCCACAGUCCGUGCCAAACCUAAACCGGCAAGUAAUCCUGUCACCAACACAGAAGAGGACAUUACUGUUUAUGUGCCACAGAAGGCAGCGGAUCACAGAUGGGGUGAAAGUCUACCUGAGGAGGUGCUAGUCAAUAUAUUUCAGAUGGUGGUCGUUCAAGACGGAGCUGUACCAUUCCUAUGCAGGGUGGGGAGAGUCUGUCGACUGUGGAACGCCGCAGCCUCCAGUCCGGUCCUGUGGCGUAAAGUGACUGUAGGUCACUGCUGGAUUGCACCAGGGAAAACACAGCUCCCUAAAACUGAGAAGAAGAUUAUGGAGACUUUUGACUGGCUGGCGCAAAACAGAUUUUCUCAGCUACGAGACUUUUCUCUCUGUCACUGGAAAAAGAACAUUAACUAUGCAGUAGAGGUUGUUUCGCAGUUCUGCCCUCACCUUCGCUCCCUCACACUCUCUUACUGCACAGGCCUGACAGUGAGUGCCUUCCAAAGCCUUGGUCUGCACAGCCGGUCACUACAGAGCUUAAAUCUUCAGAACUCAGAGUAUCAGGUUGAUGGACUCCUGGAGUACUUGGAGAAUCAUGGGAGCCAGAUCAAGCAGAUUUGGUUCACUCAUGGACUAAAGAAUGACAGACUUCUGACCACCAUCACUAGAGGGUGUUGUCCUGAAUUGGAUUUGCUUGAGGUCAACACAAGGCUCGACAGCAAAGACUGUGAACUCCCCAUUUGCAUCCAGGCUCUACAGACGGCAUGCCCGAAACUUAAGACCUUCCGUAUGCUGAAUGUCAGACCUCUGCAUAAGACAAUGCGUAAUGGUGCCGACUCAACGUCAGGGUUCCCUUUGUUGGAGGAGCUUUGCAUUGCAACCACAUCUUACUCCUACAUGACCGACAAAGACUUGUGGGACAUUCUCUUCAGCUCCACCAAGCUGCGGGUGCUGGACUUGCGAGGCUGUUCGCGAAUAACUCCAUCCGGCCUCGCAACAUUACCCUGUCCCGAGCUGGAGUGUCUGUUCUGGGGUCAGUAUUUCAGCAGCCAUAUCGGGUUGUCCUCACAUAAGAAGGGACUUCACGCAGUGACCCAAAAGUGGAGUCGGACUUUGCAACAGCUCGACAUUGCGAAUCAGCUCUUUAGUGAGGAGGACCUGGAGAUAGCAAUGAGUUACCUGGCUCAGGCUACAGAGGCGGAUACGCUGCGUUCACUAAACCUGAGUGGAACAAGGAUCACACCCCCUGCCCUCAGGUCAGUCGUCGGCCAGAUGUCUGCUCUUAGCUACCUCAACCUUUCAUCCUGCCGUUAUCUACCAAGAGGAGUCAAGAGAAUUUACCGUGGCCAAGAAGACAUUCGCCAGCUGCUGGACAAAUUGGAGUAGCUCUGGUAUUUAUUUGAUUCCAGCAAACAUGAACAUAUUUUACACUAGAAUGUCUUUACACUUAUUUGUAUAUACUGUUGUCCAAGUUAUAUGUUUUUCUCAUCCAUCCGGUUUUAUUGUAAAUUUUCAUUUGUAUGUACAUUUUUCACACUAAACGGAUGCAAAAGCAUUUUGUCAAUCCAGUGAGAAAACCUGCAGGUGCUACAUAAAUGUUAACAGCUCAGUCUGCAUGUUUUUUUAAAGACUGGAGUCAAAAGCUUUCGAACGCAUGUGUCCUGUUGUUAUUGAAAUGUACAUGUCUCUGUGUUUUCUUAAAUUAAAGCAUAUAAUGAAUAAAUCAUACUGUUUUACACUUUUACAUCCUCUGUCCACUUCAUCUCGAAUGAUUUUUGGGUUAAAGUGUGAAGAAGAUUCAGUUUGCUCCUAAAGUUUCCAAUUGUUACAGACUGAAAAAAAGGCCUAUUUUCUAUUAAAUUUACUCAAUGUUUAAUUUCUAUUUGGCGUUUUUGCCUUAAGCAGUUUACUCCUCACCUUUGUACCAAAACAUUUUAUUCAUUGGACUUGACCUGCUUAGAUUUCAAUGAAAUGGGAACGUCUGACCUGUCGUAUUUAAGAAUCAUCUGAAUUAUGGGACUUUUGAUUGUGUACGCCAGGAUUUUUUUAAUGUAAUUAUUUUAUUACUUCUUUCAUAAUUAAUUUAGACCAAGUUACAGUAAUUCCAGGCAAAAUUUGUCAAGAAAUAUUUGAAUAAAAACUACUCAAGUGUCCAUACCCCUCCACUAGGGAGUGUUGUUCUCUCAACUAAAUGUGCAUGAAGACCACCAGAAGCCUGUGUUAUAAU